CAUCGUCCGCUGUAAUCGGUACAAAAUGCGGCUGAAUUUGUUUCUCUCACCUCAUGGGUACCACUCACAAUUUAUUGAGUUAUUACAGGCACUGCCUAUAGACCUGCAAGAAAACGCUUUAGUUCCUCGACUAAUCCAGAAAUGUAUCAGCUAGUAAUUAAGCAGGUUUUUCUAUAAGCAAGUGCUCAUAAUUGAUUGCCAUUUGCCUACCUACUUAGUAAUGACUAAAAUGCUUAGCGAAUUUUGCACAACUUAACUAGUGCUUCAUCGCUAAUCAUUUUAAGGGAGCUCAUCUGUAACUCAACCUUUACCCUCCAAACUGGACCAUAUCUAAUUACAACUGAUUGUGCUCAUUUGGAUUACGCACCAUUCAACAAAAUGCAAACCUCAACGGAAACAAAAAUGCUCCAAGACAAGCAAGAGCAAUUAAACGCAUCGAAAGUAAAUGCAACAGAAAAUGGUUUGAAAAAUGCAGCAACUAAUUCCACAUUAAUGCAAGACAGUCUGUUGCAACGAUCGAUUCACAAUGUAGCAUUAACGUUGCAGAAUGCAAUGAUUAGCUCUCUUCAACAAGCUGCUCUAUUGCCCGCUAAUAGUGCAGCGGCUGCAGCGUUGAAUUUACAAGCUUUGGAAAGCUAUCUGACAUUACAGAGGCUUUCGACUGUAUCUACCAAUGCGACUGAAUGGCAAGCAACUCCUUUACCUGCGAAACCCGAUAUUGCACCUCCCAAAAUCGACAUCUUAAAAAUAGCAACCAACACCGCAAAAAUUCAUGAAGAAACAACCGGGGAAGAAACCAGCAACACCAGCCUAACUGAAGAUGUUGAGCUAUCCGAAGAAGUCGAAGAAGAUCUAGCUCUACUAGACCAUGAAGAGGAAUUAAAUAAUUUUUCUUUGUCAUCGAGCCCAGUCGACAACGGUUAUCCAUCUUUGGUGAUGAAUAACAUUUAUGCUAAAGCCAACGCUGGUUCGCCCACUUCAGCAAUUGGAACUGUCAGCACGGUGGCAUCGCUAACACAACUUGCAAAUGGUGUGGCAUUGAGUAGGCAAAAAGGUACCGUUAGACCGAAGAAACAAUUUAUAUGCAAAUUUUGCAAUAGACAAUUCACCAAAAGCUACAACUUGUUGAUUCACGAAAGGACACAUACUGACGAGAGACCUUACAGCUGUGAUAUUUGCGGGAAGGCCUUUAGGAGACAGGAUCAUUUGCGAGAUCACAGAUACAUCCACUCCAAAGAAAAACCCUUCAAGUGCCAAGAAUGUGGCAAAGGCUUUUGCCAAUCCCGCACUUUAGCAGUGCACAAGAUCCUUCACAUGGAAAAAUCUCCACACAAAUGUCCCGUAUGUUCCCGAUCAUUCAAUCAGCGAUCAAACUUGAAAACUCAUCUGCUUACCCACACGGACAUAAAACCCUACAAUUGUUCAGCAUGUGGUAAAGUUUUUCGACGAAACUGCGAUCUGAGAAGACAUAGCCUAACGCAUAAUUUGGGCUCGAAUUCAGCAGGAACCAGCGCAGGAGCUGCUUUGGGUUCCAGCACGGUUACAUCGGAGACUCAAACUCAGAGAUUCAGUAUAGAGUCGAUUAAUAGUAAGAGUGGAAGCGGAGAUGAAGGUGAUUAAGCUCGAAGGUACACAAGUGCUUUAAGCCACAAUUUUCUAAUGAGUUUCAAGCUUGGACUUUGGUUAUCGACAAUGCAAGAAAAAAUGUGGAAAAAUACUAGUAAUUGGGCAACAAAAUACCCAGCCUGUGGAAAAAGUGGUGCAAAACCAUAUGUGCUUGUGAAGAAAGAAAAAAUAUUCAAAAAUUGCUGUAGCGAUAAAAAAAUCAUGAAUAAAUAUGUUUAGCUGUCACAAUUAUUUGUUCGUAUUCUUAUUUGGCUUUCUAUAGAAUUAUGUGUAUGUAUACAUUCAUACUCUUCUAUGCUUAAUCAAUACAAUGAACAGUUUGUGUAGUAUCUGGUAAGAAUGCUUAUACCAGUUAUAUACAGGGUUAGAGWUAAAAAAUUCCAAAAAAAUACACUGAAGAAAUCGAUUYUUUUAAAGUUUAUAAAGCUUAUUGUGCGUAAAUUUUCCAAAAAUUUACCCACAAUAAUGUGUCUAAAAUUUUACAUAAUUUCAUAAACAAUAUAUUUAAAUUUCCAAGUUUAUGAGCAGAAGAAGUACUACACUGCUACGUCAUAUUAUUGCAAUUUUUAACAUAUUUGCAACCACGGUUUUAUGUAUUUAAUAAAGUAACAGACGAAAUAAUUCAGGUAAGUUGUGGAACAUUUUGUAAAUCCAAAUUUAGGCCAUUUUGUCACACUUAAAAUCAUAAUUGUAAAUUCGAAUUAAAAUUAGUGUUUAAUGUGUAGUGAGGAAAGCAGUUUAGUCCUGACUUUUGCCGAUGCAGACAUUUAAACAUAUCAAAAAACACUGAAAACAUAUACUCAUAGCCUACUUGUGAUUUAAUUUUGUGGUUAGAGAAUCUCAUAUUAUUAAGGUGACUGUAAUUUUUUCAUAUGAUGUGCUGUAAUUAAGUAGUUGUCUGACUUUUGCAAAAAUCCCUUUUUGUACAAUGUUAUGUGUAUAAUAAAGUUUUGAAAGUAC